AUGAUGAAAACGGAGUCUUCAGGAGAAAGAUCAACCCUCCGAAGUGCCUCUCCUCACAGAAAUGCUUACAGAACUGAGUUUCAGGCACUGAAAAGCACCUUUGACAAACCGAAAUCGGAUGGAGACCAAAAAACGAAAGAGGAAGGAGAGGCCUCGCAGAGCAGGGGAAGGAAAUAUGGCUCAAAUGUCAAUAGGAUUAAGAACUUAUUUAUGCAGAUGGGCAUGGAGCCCACUGAAAGUGCUGGAGUUCUCCCUAAAACCAGGGGGAAGGGUGGCCCUCCAUCACCUCAAAGACGAAUUAGGCCUAAAGAAUUUGUAGAAAAAGCGGAUGGUACAGUCGUCAAAUUGGAAUCAUCCGUCUCGGAAAGGAUUAGUAGAUUUGAUACUAUCCAUGAUGGCCCUUCCUAUUCCAAGUUUACUGAAACUCGGAAGAUGUUUGAGCGAAACGCUCAUGAAAUGGGACAUUCCAAUCGCUAUUCCCCAAAGAAAGAGAAAGUUUCCUCCAGUGAGCUCCCGGAUGAGUGGUGCAGCUCGAAGUCUCACCGGGGCAGCACUGACUCACUGGACAGCCUUAGCCCAAGGACAGAGACCGUCUCUCCGACUGUGAGUCAGCUCAGUGCAGUGUUUGAAAACACUGACUCGCCCAACGUAAUCGUUGUGGAAAAGUCGGAGAACAAUGAAGAGUACUCUGUAACUGGUCACUAUCCGCUAAACCUCUCGUCUACUGUUGGUAAUAUCGCCUCCCCUGUGGCAAACCUUGAGGGUUUCAGUCCUUUGAAAGAUGGCAACACGUGGUCUCCGCCAGCCAAACCAGGUACAGGCUUGGUGUCUGAGAGCUCUCAGCAGAAUAGCAUGCCUUCAGCGCCAAGGCAGAAGACGUCCACAGGCACUUCAACAGGUUCAAAACCAACUGAAGAAAUCAAGAAGAGUACAGAGGCAAGUGCUGAUUCUGUUGAGAGCUCGGCAGCAAGUCAACAGGAUUUGGUCAGCGUGCCUGACAGCGAAAGAUCUGUGGACAGCUGUGCUAGCAGUAAGUCAAAACCAGAGGCAGAAGUAGUGUUGCAACAGAAGGAACAGUCAGAACAUGUAGAGGGUAUCUUUGAUAGAUCCGAAGCUGCAGAAGUACCAAGAAAUGUAGCUUCAGGUGGUGAUUUUGCCACAGAUGCUAUUUCAGAUGCUACCGAGUCCCAUUAUGAUGAGGCAAGUGAAAAAGAAGUGCAUGAAGAUGUGAAUAACUUCCAGAGUUCCCACGUGUACAUGCACUCUGACUACAAUGUGUAUCGGGUACGAUCGAGGUACAAUUCUGACUGGGGAGAGACAGGUACAGAACAGGAUGAUCAGGAUGACAGUGACGAAAAUAACUGUUAUGAACCUGAUAUGGAAUAUUCUGAAAUUAAUGGAUUGCCAGAUGAAGAUGAAAUCCCAGCCAACAGAAAAAUACAGUUUAGCCGUGCUCCAAUUAAG